GGCUGGAGUCCUCUUGAGACUAUUUCCCUCAAGUCAGCCGACACGAACAAAUCACAAGUCUUCAAUAACCCAAUCAGACACUCCGAAGCACAGACUUAUAUCCUCCUUAAGAGACACGAGAAGCUAUGCAGUGGCUUGUGACAGGUUGCAGCACAGGCUUAGGCCUCGAGAUUGCGCGGGCGGCUCUGGAAGCUGGGCAGAAGUGUAUCGCCACAUCCCGCAACCCAGCCAGCUCUCCUGGUGCGGUCGAGGACAUUGAGAAACUUGGCGGUAUUUGGGCGAAACUGGACGUUUCUGCUCCAAGCCUUGAGAGUGAAAUCAAGGAGAUUGUCAAAGAACACGGACCCAUAGACGUUGUGGUGAACAAUGCCGGGUACGCAGAUGGCGGACCUUUAGAGACGAUGGACCUCGACAAAGCCCGUCAACUGUUUGAGACGAACUUCUGGGGCCCUAUCCGUAUCAUUCAAGCACUCGCUCCAUCCAUGAGGAGCCGACACUCUGGGGUUAUCGUCAAUAUCUCUAGUGCGGUCAAUUGGAAUGCUCCUCCUGGAGCAGCUGUGUAUGCCGCGUCCAAGUUUGCGAUCGAGGGCGUGUCCGAGGCAUUGGCCACUGAAUUGUCGCCCUUCGCGGUCAGGGUUUUGAUUGCCGAGCCAGGCGCGAUGAAGACUAGCUUUUACGAUCUGAAGAAGAUGGGGAUGCCACCCAUUGCAGAUGCUUAUAAGGGAACUGUCACCGAGUACGUGCUGCAGGCUAUUGCAGGGCUGCAUGACGGAGCGCCACAGGACCCAAAGAAGACCGCUGAGGCGAUUGUGAAGGAGGUAUUAGAGCCAUCGUCUGACCCGAUGAUCUCGAGAAUGCCAUUGGGCAAGGAGUCGUCUGGCGGAAUGAGGAAAAGAGGACAGCAAUAUGUCGAGAUAGCCGACAGCAUGGAAAAGGUGGCCGCAGCUUGCGAUUUCUAAUGUAAGCCGUCCCCGACGGACUUCGAGCCAUGAGACUCGUGUCUAGGGAAGAUGGUGCUUGUCUCAGGAAAGAUGCAACCGUUCUCUCAUUCGAAGACCUUUCACCUCUUACCACAGGGGAAGCUCCGAGCUGAGGUGGGUGGAUUCAACUGCCAAUGGGCGUGGCUCGGCUCCGACUUCUCCUAUCUCUUUUGCUUGCUGAGCUUUGAGGAUCGCCUCCCAGCCAGAAGGACUUAACGCAUAAUUGCUCACGCUGCUCUUGUCGAGAUACUUCGCUACCCGUCCGCCCCCGAGCAAUACUAAGCUCGUAAAGACACACAAAAAGACAGCGCUCAGCGGAUCGUCUCUGACUGGUGUCAGCUCCUCCGUCGAGUUGGCAUACUCGCCGAGACCAAGUAGAGCGGUGAAGAUCUCGAGAAGCAAGGCGAAUCUUCCGCUCUCCACGGCUUUCAUAGCGGCUAGGACGAAUUGAUGUGUG